CAAUUUCACGACCUUCAAACGUCAUCACACAACUGUAGCGGGGUGGCGGUGCAGGCGACAGGGGAUGACAUCCUUAGAUGGCAGUGCAAAAGCAAGAGAGGCAACCAGGGACCCUCAUGUCAAUAAAACAUCCCCUUCCAUCUUAAAUAAAUUCUUUCCAUAAUUAUCAGCACUUAUUUCGUUCCGAAAUUUUGCAUAGAAAGAAUAGCUUUAAGUGCAAGUCUUGUUGACACGAGGGUGCCGGGCAGGUUCUACCAAGACUCCGCCCACUUGUACGUACGCCAUCACAUCUUGCAUGCAACUAGUUAGUUAUUCAGCUGAGGAACACGAAAACCCGCAAGUCGAAAAACAUAUCCACACAAUUCAAAGGAUAAAACAUCGUUUUCUAUAACUUUAGAUCGGCAAAAACGACGUGACGGCCUCGGUUAACACUCAGUCUUGACAAAAGCAAUCGCGAAUAUUAUCCAUGUCCGAGUCUAGCAGUACUUAUGGCCGGCAUCGAUUACAUUGCAAGAUGGCAACAGGCAAUCAGCCAAGAGCGGGGUUCUGAAGAGCCGCCAUUGUUGGCAUAUGCCUACAAAGCGUGCUCCGAGCUGUAUGCUGCCCUGCUAGCAGGUCUGCGCGAUGACCCAUUAAUCGAUCCCCUGGUUAAGAUCAGCCUGGAACGAAGUCAUGGCUAUCUUGUGCUGUGGGCCGACGGAUAUGGGGUCAGCGAAGGCCAGCUAGACAGCUCGCUGGACAGGUCACGGAGGGCACGCCACUCAACAAUUCGUCUUCUUGUGAGUAUCUGUAAGACGCUGACUAAAUGUCUGUUACCUAACGUUGCGAAAGAAAAGCAGGCUCAGCUGUCUCCAAAGGCCGCCGCAGUCAUAGAAGCGGCAGACAAAUUGAAGUAUCUAAUCCAGCAAGAUCAAACAAAUGACUCAGAAUCAGAUAGUGACACUUCGAGUGACGCGUCUUCGACCUGUGGCGUUUCUGAACUGGAUGACAUCGCAGAAGAUCUCCAGACUGAUGUCCAAUGCCUUUUAGACCUGGGCUCGAGAUUCGUGGAGCAAACUGUUGGGCCAGUUCCAACGGAGAAAGCUGUUGAUCCAGCCGACAUUAUCGACUGGCAUCCGUCCAAGAACUUCAUCGAUCGUAUCCGCUGGCGAUUUCCACGCUGUGACGAAGACGUGGCCAAAAGGCUGGGAAUAGCCAACUGGGAGAGAGUGCUGAGAUAUCAGGAUACCAAACACAGAAACACUCGACCGCAGAAACUCACGUCUGGGGAGCCAAUGGCAACCCCUGUGAAAUCUGCGGCGUCCGGCAUCGUAGCCUCGACCACAUUCCAUGACUCAGGACUUGGCUCUUCUAUCCCUUCCGUUCCAUCAAUUCCUGCCGCAAGCCAGUAUGCAGAAACUGUAGUGUCAUACUGUGGAGGCCAAGGCGAUGCGGUUCGCCUACCACCGCUUCCGCAAGAGGCUAAACGAGGUAUCUCUUUCCCCUGUGUGGGUUGUGGCAUAUUGAUAAAUGUCGGGAACAAAUCGGCAUGGAAAAAACAUCUCUUUCAGGACCUUCAGCCCUACAUGUGCCUUGACAGAAUUUGCAUCGUCAAUGGGGCCGCCUUCACCACAAAGGAUGCCUGGGAGAACCAUCUGGUAUUGGAUCACCGCUUCUCUGUGAAUUGGGAUGGCAUUGUUUGUCCUGUCUGCAAGGAGACAAUCAAAAGCGGCAAAUUGCAUGUCACUACGCAUCUAGCCCGCCAUAUGGAGGAAAUAGCUCUGACUGUGUUGCCGACGAACCCAGAUUCUGAGGAUGGAACUGACGUUGAUUCUGGUCUGGCAUCGUCAGAAAUCUCCGUUCGAGAUAACCUCGCUGGUCACUUUGACGGUAUUCCUGAUACCGACAAGGGCGCCGACGUCAAUGCACAGGGCAGAUUAUACGGCAAUGCUCUCCAGGCUGCUUUUAAAGAAGAGAACGACAAGACCGCACAGGUAACUAGUAUACUCAAUGACUACUCUGCUUCUGGGGGAGACUGCUUUCUGGAAAAGGGCGCCGACGUCAACGCGCAGGGCGGAAAAUACGGCAAUGCUCUCCAGGAUGCUUCAUACAAAGGGCACGACAAGAUCGUUCAGGUGCUGGUAGACAAGGGCGUCGACGUCAACGCACAGGGCGGAUUAUACGGCAAUGCUCUCCAGGCUGCUUUUAAAGAAGAGAACGACGAUAUGGCACAGGCAAUUAGAGAUAUGAUCGCCCGCUCUGCUUCUUUGGAAGAAUGGCUUCCCACUACUGCCAUUGAGCGUAUUGACUCGUAUCUCCUGGAACCUCUGUUGAAAGACGAAAGUUUGGAGUCAUUCUAUUCUCUCAUAUCUGAAGUACGGGAGAGAUUGGAGACAGGCAUGUUACUAAGGGAGGUGGAGACGGCCCUGAUGGUCGGGGCUCGAGUAAGUCUUCCCACAAACCCAAGCCACAACGAGAUAGCUGACAUGAUUAGGAACGAGCUUCCAACGCUGGAGAAUACCAGAGAUUUUGCCUAUUGUUGCUCAAUUCUAUCAAAUUGGUCUUUCCAAUCAUUAAAGAGCCAGGCCAUACUCGACUGCGUGGACAACCUUACGAUGAUGAAUACUUCUAUGAUGCCGAGAAACGAAUCCUACGGACAGCGAGACAGAUGAACGACGAAAAAGGAAGCACUGCAGUUUAUACAGCUAGAAAAC